AUCUCUCAUUGCUUCAUUUGAUCCAUAUUCUCAUAUCACCUUCAAAUAUUCCUCAACAAUGGCAUCCUUAAACUUCCACUCUGCAAAAACCCAUUCUUUCCCAGACUUCAAUCCUCCCAAAUCCCAAUCCAACCCUUUCCUCGCAGCGCUGGCGGUCUCCGGCGAGGAAACCCAGCGCCGCCGAUGCAGGCGCCACCGCGUUUUCGCGGUGUCUCCGCCGUGCAGCCGCCAGCUCACUCACCGGAGUUCGGAUCAGCCGAGGAGGGACGUGAAUCCGGCGGAGCUGGAGCGGUGGAUGAAAGGGUCAGUGGAGGAGAUCGUGAGGAACCUGGAGGGGGGCUCCGCCGCGGCGGCGGCGGCGGCGUUGGUGGUGGAGGUGUACGCCGGCGACGGCGAGGCCCGUUUCAAGGCGGAGAAAGCGGUGGCGGACGAAUGGGCGGCACUGAGGGAGGAACUGGAGAGGAAGUGCCCUGACGGGCUCAUAUUCGUCGAGGAGCUUUGCGAUGGCGGAGACGGCGGCGGCGAUCGGUGCUGGGGGAUUGUGAUUCAGGGCAGAGACUGUGCCGCGCCGGUUUGCUAUCUGUUGAAGACUUGCAGAGCUGCGGCGGCGGCGGGCGUGGAGUUGUCUUGCACCCAUUUUUGCUUGGUGAAGGUGAAGAGCUUUAGGGAAAGUGCUUUUGGGCAAUUCAUGAAUUCAUGGCUGGCAAAGUGAUUAUAUUGUGAUCUUCAUCUUCAUUUCCCUGUCUAUGGGAACAUUGUAGAAUGGACUGCAAAUAAUACAAGAUAGAAUUGUAUAUAUAACAAAAUGUAGAUAAUAUAUGAUGAUCAAAAUUCAAAAUAUAUGGGAUAUGUAUAUUUUGCAAGACAAAUGAUGUAAACACUAACCUCCAGCAGUAUCGCUUCAUGUGGUAGAUGAUUGAGUAGUUCUGGAUUGCUAGUUCCUUUUGUCUCACUCCCAACUAAAUGUAUAUACAAAUUACAAGGUAGGCGAAAAGUCCUAUUUUCUGAA